AUGCUUGAAGAUCCUCCAGAUUCUUCCAGCAAGUUAUCCACCGUGUUCCUGGUGCCAUCUCCACCCUCUGAGAUCAUCACUGGAACACUUCUCGAGCACUGCUUCCAAUCCAGAGUCACUCCCGUCUCUGACAGACCCGGCUUUCUCCGGGUGGUUUCCUUCACCAUGGCGACCAUAUCUCGCCGUCAACUUCCGCCCGUCUUCUACGAGUGCUGUAUUCCUGGUCCGUCCAAGUCAUGA